CUCUCAGCUCAUCAACUCUUAUAGUCAUUUUCAUUUCAAUAGUUUUCCCCAAGUAUAUUUAUAGGACCCUCCAUAAUCUCAACCUCCAAAGCUUCAACAUGGGAACAUUGGUGGGUCACAUUUUACCGGGCUUUUUCUUCUUUGCACUUGGUCUUUGGCACCUCUUUAACCACAUCAAAAUAUUUUCUCUACACCCAAAAUCGUACAUAGCACCUUUAUGGUUCCCCUUAUCGAAACCAAGAUAUUUAGAGCCUCUUGUGAUCAUUAUAGCCUCCUCACUUUCCAUUUCUGUCGAACUCUUCCUUGGCCAAAAGAAUCACCAACCAUUUGAUCCCAAUGAUGGAACCAUCCCAUCAAACCAUCUCCAUAACUUUGAACACUCUUGCAUCUCCUUCACCUUCAUCACCUAUGCAGCUUUCGCCAUCGUCUUUGAUAAAACAAGACCAAUAGCUCAUCGAUCCCUCAUCAACUUGAUCGCGGCCCUCGCCUUCGCCCAACAACUCUUCCUCUUCCAUUUCCACUCGUCAGACCACACAGGCGUUGAGGGCCACUACCAUUUAUUGCUCCAACUCGUAGUUUUCGUCUCCUUGGUCACAACACUCUUGGGAAUCGCCUUACCAAGUAGCUUCAUAUUGAGUUUUGUUCGGUCACUUAGUGUUUCCUUCCAAGGAAUAUGGCUUAUGUCAAUGGCUUGCAUGCUUUGGACGCCAAGUUUAGUUCCCAAGGAUUGUUUCCUUCACAUUGAAGAGGGUAAACACACCAUUAGAUGCUCAGACGUCAAAGCUCUUCAUAGAGCAAUAUCAUUGGUUAAUAUCCAAUUCAGCUGGUUUCUUGUGAUCAUAACCAUCUUUGCAAUGUGGUUUUACAUAUUUUUGCAAAGGAUCUACGGUGAGAAAAUUGAAUACUCUCAGCUUCGAACAAAGGAUUAAUCCAAAAACAUGGAGAUCAUGAUCACCAUGACUGAAGUUCAUGAUGCUGAGUCACAAAAUGGAGUCGAGCCACUAGUUUGAAAAUCAUUCCCACUAAAAACUACCAAUUUUCUUAUAAUGUUUUCUUAUUUCCAAUUCAGAGAAGCUUGAUCAUUUGUAUAUAUUAUAAAAACAUAUUGUGUAAUUAUUGUAAACGACCACUAAAUUUUAGAUGAGA